CAGAGAUGCUGUCAAAUAUAGCAUAGCUGCUAAUCGCCGGGAGAGGAGGACAGGUAAACAAUGGCGGGAGUGCAUCCUCAGGACGACCUGCUGAAGAUGACUCACAGAGAGAACUGGCGGGUUCAGCAUGAGCGCAUGCACGUGAAGCACAGGGGUCACGAGGCCAUGCACGCUGAGAUGGUGCUGAUCCUCAUCGCCACGCUGGUGGUGGCGCAGAUCGUCCUGGUGCAGUGGAAGCAGCGCCACCACCGCUCCUACAAUCUGGUGACUCUGGUCCAGAUGUGGGUGGUUCCUCUUUACUUCACCAUCAAGCUGUACUGGUGGAGGUUUCUGUCCAUGUGGGGCAUGUUCUCCGUGGUCACCAGUUACGUCAUCUUCAGAGCCACGCGUAAGCCGCUAUCCUGCAGGACGCCCAGGAUGGUGUAUAAGUGGUUUCUUCUGAUCUACAAGCUGAGCUAUGCCGUCGGCGUCCUCGGAUACCUCGCCAUCAUGUUCACCAUGUUCGGCUUUAACGUCUUCUUCAGGAUCAAGGCAGAGGACUCGAUGGAUGUUGGGGUAAUCAUGCUGUUUUACGGACUCUACUACGGCGUCAUGGGCCGAGACUUUGCUGAAAUCUGCUCUGACUACAUGGCCUCUACAAUCGGGUACUACAACAAGGGAGGCAUGCCCAGCCGGAGUUUGACCGACGACAUCUGUGCCGUGUGCGGUCAGAGGAUCCUGGUGGACGUGGACGAGGAAGGAUUCAUAGAAGACACUUUCCAGCUCUCCUGUGGACACAUAUUCCACGAGUUCUGCAUCCGCGGCUGGUGCAUCGUGGGUAAGAAGCAAACGUGUCCGUACUGCAAUGAAAAGGUCGAUAUGAAGACGAUGAUGAACAACCCCUGGGAGAAGACACACGUCCUGUACGGGCAGCUGCUGGAUUGGCUCAGAUACCUUGUUGCCUGGCAACCCGUCAUCAUUGGUGUUGUUCACGGGAUCAACUUCACCCUGGGCCUGGAAUAGAGCCCUGAGGAACCUCACUGUAGCUGGAACGAGGUAGAAUCCUGAAAAGUGCCAUAAAUCCGUUGGCAGAGCACCAAAGUGAACACUACCAGGACGUGAAGUCUCUGGUAUUCUCAUGUCGUAGCGUGCAGAGGACGCCAUGACGCCUGAAGUGCUGCUAACUGUUACACAUUCAGGCACAGAAUCAGUAUGUGAUCGUUUCUAAACAUCAAACACAGAUACGAAUACUUAAUGCUGACAUCAUGCCUGUUGUUUUUAUUUAGUCACUGCUUUACUUUAAAACUGUUUCAGCAGAAUGCCUUUUAAGUUUCUCUCCUUAGAGGUUAUCGAAAGUGUUUCUGAAAGACUUGAUCUGCAGAUCUCUUUUUUACAAAAAGGACGAUUCUAUCCAAACGUUACAGAACAAGUUUACAUUUUGUUUUUCUCAUGACAAGAGUCAUACUUUGUCUCUAUCAGGUUUAAGAUUGUGAUUAGUCAGCAGAUUGUUGGAUUCCUGAUUUGUUUGGAUUUUAAAUUCCACAUUUUCUGGAGCUUGAGACAAAUAGGAAAACGACUGUUUUCUCUGACAUGUAGCAGUAUGUUGUAGCAUGGAGGGGAACAUCAUCCGGUAUCACUCAAACAGGAAGGAAACUCUCAAUGUGUUGCUUUUGUUUAAAGACUGCUGCUUUACUUCGUAUUUAUUAAAUACUUUAAAAACUC